CCAUCUGACCUCCCUGCAUUAAAAGUAUAACCAAACCCUAAAUUCCUCUCGCGUUCCUUCUUCUCUUCUCCUCCGCCGCCGAUCCCCUUUCUCCUCUUCUCCUCCUCCUCGUCCUCCGACCACCUCGCGCCACCUCCCCCUUCUCUUCCGAUCAAAGCUCCAUCCAGUGUCGCCCCUCCAACUCCAGAUCCAGCCGGUGAGCAGUGCGGCCGGCUUCCAAUUCCAAGCAGGCUUCUUUCUUUGAUUCGACCAGCUUCCUGCUCCGGUAUGUGUAGGCAGGCGAGUUGGUAUUCCCUUGCCAGUCAAGAGGCCAACAUCUAGACGUACAUCAGAUGGAACCACCGGAAGACGGAGACAUGACGGCGCGCCUGCCGGAGGACGUGCUCGCCGACGUGCUCCGCCGCGUGGCGUUGCAGCGCUCGCUCGCCGUGUCCCGCUGCGUGUGCAAAGCGUGGCGUGCCGUCAUCGACGGCGCGGGACUCGUGCGCGGGCAGCUCCCGUUCAGCGGCAUCUUCAUCUGCUUCAGGAGGCUAAGUCUGCCCGAGUUCUUCUCACGCCCCGCGUCCAGGGAUCUGGAUCAGCCAGCUAUCGGCGGCAAGCUCGACUUCCUGCCCAGGGCCGAUGGCCCAAGACUGGACUGCCACUACUACAUCGAGGAUCACUGCAAUGGACUCCUCUUGCUCCAAGGGAACCGCAUCGAUGAUCACUACGUGGUUAACCCUGCCACGCGAUGGCGGAACGCUCUGCCCUUAUGCCCGCCCAAUCAUACCAAGCCUGAGGGAAUCGUGUUAAAUCAUGAUUAUUAUCUGGCCUUUGAUCCCAAGGUGUCAUCUCACUAUCAGGUGUUUCAGAUCCCUUAUUUGCAUUGGGGAGAAGGUGCAAUUGACCCUUCAGAGGAGACAUCCGAAUGGCCUCCAUCUCCAUAUAUCUUGCAUGUAUUCUCUUCAAGGACAAGCUGUUGGGAGGAGAGGUUGUUUGUUCGGCAAGGGGAUGCAGCAGGAACCCUUGCAAAGGUGCGUGUGCACUCCGAGGGCCAACUCCACUCGGUCUGUUGGCGUGGAUCCCUUUACGUGCAUUGUCAAAGUGAUUUUAUUAUGAGAAUAUCUUUGUCUGAAGAUAAGUACAGUGUGAUUAAGCCACCAAUGGAUAUUGGAUGGAGCAGUUUUAUGGGAUUAUCUGAAAAAGGUGUGUACUGUGCAUCAUUUGUUGAGAAUACUCACAUUCUGGUUUACACCCUCACUGAAUCGUGUGAUCAAUUCGAGUGGAUGUUAAAGAACCACUAUGACCUUAAGCCUGUGCAAAUGUUUGAUGGCCAAGUUCAUGGACCCUGGACCUUACAAGACAUUAACUAUGGGAUUUUUGGUUCUCAUCUACCAAAUAUCAAAAAGGAAGAAGUAAUUCAAGAGAAAUUUGAAUGGAACUCCGAUGAUGAUGAUGAUUUCCAUGAGAACCUAGACAUUGUUGAAGUGCAACAUCGUCCAUAUUUUGAGAUUGAGGUACUUGGAUUUCACCCAUACAAAGAGAUUCUCUUUUUGAGUAGGUCAGAGGACUAUAAAUUGAAUGCAAUGGCGUUUGCCUAUCAUUUGAAUAGCUUCAAGGUUGAAAUUUUAGGUAGCAUAUACCCAACAGAUCACCGAUAUUUUGACUCCGGCAUUCCUAAUGAAUCUCAGGCGAUUGAUUGUUUUCCAUACACGCCAUGUUGGAACGAAGAGACCCCAGAAAGAGUCAAUUAAUAUGCAGUAGUUCGUCUCGAACAUAAUCGAUGUACUGUUUUUGUUUGGAUUUUUUUUGGCUGUGACUUGUGCAACAAAUUAUUCUUUAAUUAUUAUUGCUCCAUUUUGUUA